UUUUUAGAACUCGAUUAGGCAUAAUCUAUCGCUGCAUCAUUGCUUUCGCAACCGUAAACGUGAAGAAAAGGGCAAGGGAGGAUAUUGGGAACUAGGAGUGGAUCCAAGAAAAUGUGAUAGAAAACGGAUAAGAAAUCGCAAAUCAACCAACUCAAAGUCAAACCAUUCCUCGCCAGAGACUAAGCACUGUCAAACAUUAUUAACAAAAUGCCAGUUAUCCAAUUCGAAAAAUACCGGAGGUCCUCAUGACCGGUCUCCAAACCUCUCAUCAUAUUAUAUGGUAAACGAGAAGGCACAAAUAUCUAGCCCUAACAAUAAUAGUGCUGAACAAGAUGUACAAUUGGGUUCCCUGACCGUAACUGAAGUAGAGUUAAGCCUAGGUGAUGGGCUGACAUUAUCAAACUGUUCACACGAUCAUGACGCCACUUUUCUAUACCCAGAUACUUCGUUCAUCCGUUCAAAUAAUGAAGCUAUUCUACCGCAACAAUGUGAGCUAGGCACCAUUAUAAUUAGCACCACGGGUAUUAUCGAUAACCCAUCAUGCCUAAAUAGUAUAAUCAAUAAUAAGUUGGGCUGUUCUAGUAUGAUCUAUACCGAGGAUGAGAUUACAACAGCUAGUGAGAAUGUUAUAUCGCCAAAUAAAAUGGAUUCCAAUAUAGAAACUAAUAUAAAAUUGAUAGCACCUACCACCUCCAACUCUGAGAUCACGAGCAGCGUUACCAUUAAUUAUGACUGCUCCAAUUUUCGACCAUACAUUGACUGCAUUGACGAGUCAUAUAAUUACCUACAUAGCAAUGAGUUAAAUCGCAAUGAUGAUAUUUUAGAUAACCUUCUGGACGUCUGUCCUAGAGAAUAUUGAAUGACAAAUAUCGCCAAAUAAAAAUGUAAACUUCUUUUAAUACAGCGAUCAGUUGACU